AUGAACCAUGACGGUUAUCAGUUGUUGGAAGCCAAUCAGUGCCUAAACAUCUCUAAGAACUUCAAUAUGAGAUCUUUCAUCGUCAUCGCUUUGUUCGCCCUCGUGGCUCUGGCUUCCGCCCUCCCUGAGCAGUACACCGACCGUUACGACAACAUUGACCUUGAUGAGAUCCUCGGCAACGACAGGCUCCUCAUCCCCUACGUCAAGUGUAUGCUGGACGAGGGCAAGUGCUCUCCCGAAGGAAAGGAGCUUAAAGCUCACAUCAAGGAAGCUCUUGAACAGAACUGCGAUAAAUGUACUGCCGCUCAGAAAUCUGGUACUCGCCGUGUCAUCGGUCAUCUCAUCAACAAGAAAGCCGACUACUGGGAACAGCUGAAGGCCAAAUACGACCCCGAGCACAAAUACGUCCUGAAAUACGAAGCAGAGCUACGCACAGUUGUCGCUUAA